AUGUGCGGCGCGAGGGAUACAGCUGCCAUCGAGAAGCACACUGAUCUGAUGCUGGCCAUGCGAGGCGUGAACCAGCCGAAGGCGUUGAAGGCGUUCGCGGCUGUGGCGGCUAACAGAGACAGCGACUGGAAGCUCGGCCCCGAGGAGAAGAAGUGGUCUGAGAAGCAGACCAGACGCGCACGUGCCAUGAGGCGCGACAUAGAUCAAGCACUCCUGAAGUUCAAAGCCGCGUGCGCCUCCGAUUCCUCCAAGGUCCCGAAGGCGUGGCUCGUACCGUUCUGGGAGGCGGAGAAGAAUGCGCCAACGCUUGCAGCUGAUGGCGACGCCACGUAUCAGUACCAGUGGAGUCCGGCGGAGAUGGUGGCAUACAGGGCCCUUUCGAACACAGAUUCGCUCCCUCCGAAGGAGGCGAGCAAACCGCUCGAGAUCCCCGAGGGCGCUGUACUCACGGACUGGGCGACGGCGACGUGGGAUGACGGCCACACGUGGGAGAUGACGGAUCAGGUAACUUGGGAGAUGGUGAAAGAGCAGGGUAAGGGUGCCAAGGGCGAGAGUGAAUACACAAAACAUCUGCGCGAACUCGUUGCCAGAGACGGGAGCACGUGGCGACUGGUACGGAACACCGAGAACCGCAUCAGCGGCCAGCGUGCAUCCCAGAUGUCAGAGAUGCUGCGCGCGCAGCGGAUUGCGGACGGGCGGUCCGCGUGGAAGCUGCAGAUGGUCAUCGCCAACUUCAGCCAGGAGCAGGUGGGCGCAGCGACAGCUGGCAUGAAACCCAUCAUCAAGAGGUUUGCGGACGAAGAGAUUGACAAGUCGGAAGCAGAGGCUCAGAAAUGCCAGCUGAGGAAAACGAUAGUGAAAUAUAGUCAGGAGACCACGGCGCCGAUGAGGCGCCCAGCAACCUGCGAGGAGAACGAGGGCCAGGAGCCCAAUGUGCCCAAGAAGCGCCCCGCAGCCAAGGACGGCGACAUCGUAUCCGAUGACAAGGAUGAUGAGGCACCCACUGGCGAGAUGAAGCGCCCGUCAGCCGCCGUGGACAGCGAUGGCAAGGGCGAUGCAGAGCCAGACGACGGCGCCGCCUCUCACAAGCGCCCAGCAGCAGCCAGCGCCGACGAUGGCGGCAGCGACUCGUCCAGCGCCGACGCCUUGGCGGCCUUAUGGGACAAUGCCUUCGAGACAGCGGGAAUUCCAACGGUCGAGACCGACGCCGUGGCGGUCGCAUGGGACAACGCCUUCAAUACAGCGGGAAUUCCUGCGACCGUGCCGUACGCCGACGUGUCGGCUACGUCUCCCGCCGCGGCUGCUGCCCCGACAUGGGUCGCCGCCAGCGAGGCAGCUGCCCCGAGUGCGACUGCGAGCGGGGUGCUGGUGCAGCCGCCGCAGCCCUGUAAGGGCGGCGUGAACCUCGAGGAGCUCAACAGGACGCUCGAGAGCAUGAUCGGCGACGAGUGCGACCUCGAGAAGCGGCUUGAGGAGAAGAUGAUGGACCUGGAGAAUCAGACGAGCCUGCACCAGCAGUUCGACGCACUCUUCAAGGACAAAACGACGUGGAGUUGCAGCCCGAGGAUGCCGUCGACGCCCAGCACGGAGGCUGGCGACGCUGCGUUGGUUGACGACGACGAUGAGUACCUCGACAUGGAGAGUAGGGACGGCAAGUACUUCGCAAAGUGCAAGGCUGACAACUUCUCGUUCCCUGCCCGUGGAGCUGCAGGCAACCCGCAGGGCGGGCGCUGGCAGCGGCACCUCAAGCACGAUGCAGAGGAUCGUGCGGCAUACGAUGCGCUGAAGGGCAACGUGAGUGCGCAGGCCGCGUUCCGUCAGAGAUGGUUGAAGAAGGAGUACGAGAACCACAUCAAGGAGCGCAAGCACAUCUUGCAGAAGACGACCACUGAAUAUUCGGACGGCCGCUACUACACGAUAGAUCGCUGCAUCGUCGAGGAGGCGAACAAGCAGACUGCGAUGAACUACUGCCUCCGCUGCCUCACGAUGGGCUACCCGUGGGUCAAGUUCUGCGGCUGGAGGAAAACGACGCUCUUCUUGUGCAAGCUCGAGGGGAUCCAGGAGCAGCAGAUGGAGCAGUGGACCAUCACGAAGACCACCUGGGAGUCGAAGACGAAGGAGCCUUUUAGGGGUAACAUCUACACCUUGACCAUCAGAGACUCCAAGAGGGGGUCGGUCUUGGACGCCUCAGCCUCGCCGCAUCGGCCCGCCUUGAGCCUCGCGAUGGCGCUGGUGCCCAGGGGAUCGUCGUGGCGGCUUCUCCCGGGGCGCAGAGCAGUGGUGCGCUACGGCGGGGGCGACCUCUGGCACGAGCGGAUCCUGCUGUACCCAGCGGCCAGUGAGGCCUCAGGCGCGGGGCUCCCAGGAGUGUGCUGGGUGGUGCACACUCCCGAUCACGAUAUGUACAUCGAGGAGCUUGAGGGAGGCUCGCCCGACGACAGUCCCGUGGAGUGGCUGGAGAUGCCGCGCGACCUGCGGCUGCCGAGUGGGCUUGGACGGGCGCAUCGCUUCGAGGAGGCCCCGACGGAGGAGGUUAUGAAGGGCCUCUACCGCAGGGCCUACUCGGCCGCCCAGGCCGACGCCGAGGCGCGCGGGGUGCCCCUGGAGACGCCGGUGGCGGUGCGAACGGCCGCAGGCAGGGAUGUGGCCGUGCAGGAGGCCCUCGGGGCCAACUUCUUCGGCGGUCGACGGAUGACAGGCAAGAGGCCGCUCCUGGGUUUGGACCUCGGAGGAGACCGCGGAGGCCCGUCUGGGCCGUCGGCGGCGGCCGCGGAGGGCGUCGGCGACACCGGCGCCCCGGGGGCCGCGGUCGAGGGCACUAGCACGCCACGCUCGAGCGGCCGCGUUUGGCGAGCAGCCGAAGCUGACGAGCGCUGCCGCAUCGCGCUGGGCGACGAGUUGGGGCCUCCUGCUCACUCGCUCUGUGGCAAGGGGUUGUUCCUGGCGGCUCCCGGGCGGGCCGUGGUGGUGCACCUGGCAGGGCUCGACCAGGACUCCUUCGUGAUGAGCCUGCGGGUUGGCGAAGGGCACCCAUCGAGAGCUGGCGCCGAGACCGGAGGAGGAGGAGACGCUCGAACCUUGGCGGUGAAGAAUGGGCCGCGGGGCCGAGGCCGAGAGUGGCGUUGGGUCGUGGACGCCUGUGAGGAGGAGCCGUUCGGCGACUUCCCAGUGGCGGGGCCUCGUUCUGCUUGGUGGUGCUUGGACUUCUUGCGGCGUCGGCACACCCCCACGGAUCACCACCUGAUGUUCAAGACGACCGCGCGGCUCCAGUCGGAGCAGUGGGGGGUGCAGGAGCACGAGCAGCUCAUGAAGUACAUCGAGCUGGCUGGCACCUACGACCAGCUGGACCUCAGCAACUGCGCCUUCGCCGAGGCCAUCUUUCGGCGGGCGCAAACUAUCGAGUGGAGCUACCACGAUCGGUUGCGGGAGGCCGACUCAGCCAGCUCCAAGGACAAGAUGAGUCCCGAGGAGUUCUCGGCCUUCGGCGGCUUCAGCAAGGCGGGGGACCUGCUAAUGGUGGCGCCCACGCUCCUCGAGUUCGUGAAGGGCCAGGUCGAGAAGGAUGCCGCGAUCAUGAAGAACAUCAGGAAGGCUAGAGAAGAACGAGAGCUCCGCCGCAAGGCUCCAAGGCCGCCCAGCCCCAGGGCUCUCCUGCAUGCGUACCUGGGCGAAUUCAAUUUGACGGAGUUCCAGACCGUCGAGAUCUUUUUCCUGUCCCGUUGCUUCGGGAUGGCCUGGCUCCCGCGGAGGGCGUGGCGAACCGCUCGGUACGGCGGCGGCUGCUUCGGCGAGACGCUCAUGUGGCUGAAGCCAACCGCGCCCUCGGGGCCCUCAAUGAUCUGGCUGGUCGGCUCGGGGCGCCUGGCGCUCCGGGCCUGGCGGAGCGGCUGCCCCAUCGCCUGGUACAUGAGCGUGUUCGUCAUGCUGCUGCUGCGCUGGGACAUCGACUCGCCAGUCGUUAGCUUCGACGACUCCCUCGUCUCGCUCCCUGAGGCCGGCAACGUUCCUGUGCCGCUCGGGGAGCUGGUGGCAGGCGUGGGCGAUAUUGAUGUCGAAGCAGCAAUACACGAGCAGCUCCUUCCACGCAAGGAUGCGGAGUCCAACCUCUCCGAGGCUCCGCGGCAGCCGUGCAUGGAUGCUAUUCUACGAGCUCAGCCACGUGCUUAUGCUGGGCUGGUGCGGCGUUUGCAUACGGCGGGAAUGGUGACCUUCUCAGCCGCGCCGCGAGAGAAGUGCGGCCUCUUCUUUGUGCGUAAGAAGUCUGGCAAGCAGCGCAUGCUGAUAGACUGCCGGCGGGCCAACUGCUGGUUCAGGAGGCCUUCGACAGUCGCGCUGGCGACAGGCUCAGCACUGGGAGAGCUGGCCGUGCCGGAGGGCGAGCAGCUAUACGUCGGUCACGUGGACAUCUGCGACGCCUUCUACCACUUCGGGCUGCCUGAGGCUUUCCGUGAGUACUUCGCGCUGCCGGCGGUGAAGGCAGGUGAUGUGGGGCUGACUGUCCUGGGCGGAAGGUCUCUCGCGCCUGGCAGUCGUGUGUGGCCAGUCCUUGCGGUGUUACCCAUGGGCUGGUCGCAUGCGCUGUACUGGUGCCAGACCAUUCACCGCGGGAUCGUGAGCUCCAUCCCCGCGCUGCACGACGUUCCGUUCAUCUCGGACAAGAGUGUAGUGCCGCCAGUGCAGCCGCUGGCGAUGACUAUCUAUGUGGAUAAUUUUCUUGCCUUGGGCACGGAUCCCGAGGCCGUCUCGCGCGCAGUAAAGCUUGUCAACGCCGCCUUGACGUCCAGGGGUUUACCCACCCAUGAAGUAUGCAUGUGUGAUCACGAUGCCGACAUCCUGGGGUCCGUCUAUACUUUCAUUCGGCGGUUGGGCCACUGUACCGCGGUCCCUCUGUGGGAGUCCGUCCGAUGGGAGCUCAGUACGUUCUCGAGUUUGCUGUGUCUGAUUUCCAGGAAGCUGCAGGUGUCAUGGAGUUCCAAGGUGAUGUGCACCGACGCGUCCUUUGGGGGCUUCGGACUGGUCUGCAAGGACCUCGACAAGGACCUCGUGGGCUCGAUGGGCUGUUUCUCAGAACGAUGGCGUUUCUUGGGCGACAACAAGGUGCUCUCCCGGGCCUGGGCUGCAGGCUCCAGUGAGGACGAGAUCAUCCCGAAGCCCCUAGAGAGCUCCAAGGACUUCCAGAAGUUCGUGGGGGAUGAGGAGGCUAGCAAGGAGGCCCGCACGCGGGCCGCUGGACGCCUUCCCGAAGCGGUUCGAGAGGAAGGUGGGGCUGUCGUAGGGUCGCACAAGUGGGGAUCCCCGCCUGACAACAUCGUGGAGGGGGAGGCCAGGGCCAUCGCGUUCGGGGUUAAGCACAUCUGCAGAUCCACGAAGGCCUUUGAGAGCCACCACCUCCUGCUAUCCGACUCGCUCUCGUCUGUCUUGGCUCUGGGCAAGGGCCGAUCCUCGGCCCCCGGCGUCAGCGGCGCCCUGCGCUCUGUGGCAGCUCAUGUUGCGGCGACGGGACUCCGACUCAGUGCCCGCUGGCUGCCUAGCGAGUGGAACUUCGCCGACGGUCCUUCGCGAGGGCUGCGGCACGCUGGAUACGCUCGUGGUGGAGUCGGCCAGGCUGGAGCGUCGCCAGGCGACGGCCCCGGCGGGAGAGGCCCGCUCGGUCCCGAGGACCCGCCCGGCGCCGCCAAGCCGGGCGACGUCAGCGCCGUCGCUUCGGAGGCGCGGGCUCCGCCUGCGGCCGACAAGGUGAAGCGGGGAAAGCUAGCCCGGCGCGGGGCCAAGCUGGCCGACGCGGGGACGCUGGACGUGCUGCGGCUGAGCACGGUGCGGACGCAGACAGUGAGGUCGAGGUGCCAGCAGCUGGCCGCCGAGUUCGACGCGUGGCGGGCGGGGCAGGGGUUGCCUGCGCGGCCAACGUUCUCCCUCGACGAGCGGAGGAUGAUCCCGCUGGCGCCCGAGGCCGCUGCCACGCUGGACUGCAGCCUUGCGGAGUGGAUGCUGGGGCAGUACCUGGAGGGCGUCGACCACUGGCGCGGGGUGCAGAUGCUGGCCGCCCUUCAGUGGAGCGACCCGCGUCUCGGCCGCGACGGCGGAGCUCGCUUGCCCGGGGCCAGGCAGUCGCUCCGAGGCUGGAAGGUGCUGACGCCGCCGUUGACCAGGCUGCCGCUCCCCGAGGAGGUCGUUGCCGCCCUGGCUUGCGAGCUGGUGAGCAUGGGCCUGUGGGAGGCGGCGGCGUGCGUGGUCCUGUCGAUGGUGUUCUACACGCGACCGGGAGAAUGGGGCCGCGUGCAAGUCAAGCACGCGAUCGCGCCCCGCGCUUCGGGAAGCCAGGCCCUGCGGCAGCGGGCCCCGGUGCUGCAUCCACACGACGGCGAGGAGGCGCGGCCCAGCAAGACGGCGGAGUUCGACGAGAGUCUCGUGCUGGACCUCACCUGCGACCUGUGGCUGGGCGGCGUGCUGCGGAGACUGACCGCUGCGAAGCCGCCAGACGCCGCGCUGUUCAGCUUCUCAGUAGAGGAAUUCGCCGAGAUUUUCAGACGCGCGGCCCGCCGUCUCGGCCUGGAGCCCGUGCCGACGCCUUACCUUCUCAGGCACGCCGGCGCCAGCCGAGACUUCGUCAACGGACUCAGGCCGUUGAGCGAAGUGAAACGGCGGUGUCGCUGGAAGACGGACGCCUCCGUGCGGAGGUACGAGAAGGGAGGAAGGCUGAGCGAGCAGUUUGCGAAGCUCCCCCCAGCCCUGCAGAAGCACGCGCUCCGCUGCCACAGCGUGCUCCCCGAGGUUCUCUUAGGGAGGCUCGCUGCCCCGCCGUUCCUGGCCCGCUAG